AUGAACUUACUUCCGGGCGACAAGAGGUCGGAUGCUGAAUUUCAGCAGAUAUUAGAUACCUUCGUAGGAGAUAAGGAGACAGUUUUGACCGGCAGUCUACCUGAUCUUUUGACUGGUUAUGAACGGGAUCAUGGUAUCAAGAUUCUUGAUGAAGCCGACUUUGUUGGUGUUCAACAACUAUGUGAUCAAUACCCCGAUUUAGAACUUGGGCCCACAGACUUAUUCGCAUUUUUACAAGCUGUAUUGAACCGUGAAUCUUCUGCCCAUUCGACAUCUCCUCCAUCUUCGACGGCCAUCCCUCAUUCCUCGUCCUUGCCUCCAACCUCUUUCCGUGCGGCAGUCCAGUCAACUCCUGACGAGUCUUCCUCACGACGGCGCCGACAUUCUGACCGUAUCAAAUCACCUUCUGAUUCUUCAUCAAACUCGUCAGGCGAUGACGAAGAGGUACGUCCUCGAUCGCAACGUCAAGUAUCUGCACCUCCAGCUAGCGCUCGUUCGUUCCCAACGAACAUCAACGCGGCUCCACCUCCCCCUGCGGGUUGGUUACCGAUACGAAAACAGACUAUUUCCGAUCCUAGUCGAUUUGACGGUACGCUCAGUUCUCCCCGUUCCUCCCGAGUAAGGGGCACACCUCCCUCAGCUUUUGGAGGAUUUGCUAGACCUAGUCCGGCAAGCAGGAGACGCAGGGGAUCUUCAGGUGCUACAGGACAGUCAAAUGAAGAUGAUCGCAAAUCACCUGAACCACCUAGGCCUUCAAUGGGAAGAUCGACUAGCUCGGCAUCAAUCUCAAUGACCUCACCCCCUCCUUGGCAGACAAGAUACGACAGUCGACCCACUUCCCCUUCAUCUCCUAUAGACGAGGUGGACAAUACAUCCUUUCAUGCUCGAGCCAAGUCACCCGAAACCGACGGUGACGAUGAACCUGACCAAGCUGAAAUGGAUACGUUCAUUCCUGCAGGUCAGCAUGAUGCCGAUCUGGAUAAUGAUGAGUUAGAUGAAAUAGACGCAGACGUUAUGGGUCAAGGGAUGGUAGGUGUAGGAAGCGAUACGCUCAAUCCAAGGUUGAGCAGAAUAUCGACUGAAUCGACCAAUUCACUCCGUACAUCACACGAUACAGUUGCAAAGCUGCGGAAAGAAAAUACCGAGUUGUUACGAAAGUUGAAAGAAACAGAGAAGACGCUGGCCAUACAAGGAGCGGAGAAUGAAAGACUAUACGAAGACCUUCAAGCUAGAUUAGAAGAAGCGCAAUCUGAAAUUGCACAAAGAAGAAAGGACGAGAAAGACCUAAAAGGUAAAGACAGAGCCCAGCUCAUUCAGAUUUCCGGAUUUGAAGCGGAUAUCAUCAGCUUGCAGAGAAGUUUGGAAAACGCAAAAGCCAAUCAUGCAAGUAUGCAAAAGAUGUAUAACUCGCAAUGUGACGAAGCUCAAAGGCUGCGUGAUCUACUAAGAGAUCGCGAUGAUGAGAUCCGAGAUCUAGAGGAAAAUGCUCAAGCUCAUGCCGCUGACGAGGAAAAGUUCAACAGAGAGAUACAGGCUCUUGAAUCUGAGGUCAAACGACUCGAAUCUGAUAUAUCAGUAGCGCGUCAAGCCGAAUCGCAUCUCGAUGUUCAAAAGCAAGAGAACCUAGCUCUCAAGGAGACUAUUGACAGGAUGCGCUUCGACUUAGACGAAGCUCGGGCCCAGGCUGCUAAUGCAGUUGGCGGUUCGUUACUUCGAGCUACUGCCAGCGGAUCUUCUGGACCAGGUACAUUGACUCGGAACCUUGGAGAUGAGAUCAAUAAAAGAUUGUUGGACGCUCAAAAGCUGGAGGAGGAUAGUGAUGAGGGUGAAGUCGUAGAAACAGUUGUUACCACUCAACGUACUAGAAAGAAGGGAGGUCGAUUUACAGCUCAACUAGACUCAUCUAUCCAAGAUGGACCUAUCAUCCGGAUUGAGGAAGGUAUCCGUGAAUACGCAGACGCAAGUCUCCAAACCGAUCCUAUUCAUAUACCCGAGCCUCAAUCGAUAGCGGGUCCUCCACAGACCCAUGAGCAUCCACCUGCGUAUACAGCCGAACCUGAACCUAUCAACAAAGCAGAGGUACUUUCACAUGCCCAUCCCAAGCGACUUGGUAAUACUCUUGAUGUCGAUGACGACUGUGACGAAGAAUAUACAGUGUUGACCAAUGCUCUAGGUAUGAGAUGUACAAUAUUAGAAGAAAUGAUGGAUUCCAAUAGAGCUGAGAGGGAGAAGCGUGGUAUCCUCGGCUCUCCACGUUCCAGAAAUAGAACGUACUGGUCUGAACAGCGUAAACAAUACAAAUCAGGCAUCGUCAAUUACAUCUUCUACAAUACCGAUAAUUCAGUCAGAGAUCAAGUUGGCAAAGUGGCAAUGUGUGUAGUGGCUGCUUUUGCGUUCGGUUUAGUAGCUGGAUCGCAUUUGUACUCAACACCGUCAGGUAUCAACCCAAGAGAUUAUCAAUUAUUCGCUCAGAUGAACACCUUAGCUGGAGCAGCUGGAGUAGGUGAAGGGUUCUUACCUAUGGGAGUGUUAGGUGCGGUGGAACAAGGUGCUAGAUUUAUAGCCGGUAACGGACGCAUUCCGACCUAG